AGGAAGUACUACUUCAACAACUUCUGCAAAUCAUCAUGCCACAAACUUGGGAGGAAGUGUGUCCCAAUGAUGGGGCGGACUUUGGCGGCAUCGUUAUCUGCGGCGAUGAAAUCGUGCAGGUUGUUCCCAAGUCAUGGGCGGCGACCCGCGGAAUCGAGGCCGGUGACAAAAUUGUUUCCUGCAACGAUUUAUGAACUGCAAAAGUAUCGUACUAAGUAGUAUAAAUGCAUGACAAAUUUCCUCAGCAUGAGAAAUAAAAUUUAUAAAUGCGGAUUUAACUUGAGAAAGAAACUUGUAAUGCAUGACCGCGAUUACUACGAGUGCGAUACUUUUGCACAGGAUACGAUUCGCAGCUGAGCUCCGUAAAAGACAUCGCCAAUCGCCGAGCCUUGUACCAAUCCAAGAACCUGCGACUCAAGUUGGAGCGCCCCGAACGACGAGUAUAUUACAGCAAGCCUGAGUUUCUAAUGAAGAGUGUUGUUUCCUGAUACUAAAUCAUAAUUCUAAUUGUACUUCUGGUUGAAGAGACAGAGACUGAUGAACCGCUCUUGGCCUAGCCAAGAGGAGGAAACAAAUCGCUGCAAUGAGUAUAUUACUACGCGGACUUUUGGGCAUUGCGCAUAAUUUGCUUGUAAUGAGGUUGGGAUGUAGUUACAAUGAAUCACAAUGACCAGACCAAACCAAAAAUCGCAACAGCCCCAGUUGAUGUCCGGGCAACUUACGCAGAAGACGCCGGGAUGUCGCCUGAAAGGACGCAAGGUCGCGGGACUUUCGGACACGGGUUUUGCCGUGGAUUUGGGGCUGCAGGUCGGCGACGAGCUCGUCGCGCUGAACAACAGCGGCUACACCGAAUUGACGGAUGACGAGAAGAUGCAGCUCUUGACCAAGGUGCGCCCGCUCCCCAUGCUCUUUCGGUCAGUGACCAACACGGAGCCGACGGCCGCCCUCAGUCGGCCCGCGAAAUCCGGUGGCGGCGGCGGGUUCUUCGGAAUGUGCUGCUCCUCCUGUGCCAACGAGCGGGCGCAAAACGAAAUUAUUGUCUCCGACUUGUAGAUGAGGCAGUUGUAGUUGUUGUACUUCUCGUCGACACGUUAUGAAAUACAGGAGGAGCUUGCAGGAACGAAGAGAAGCGUUGCCAAUGUUGUAUUUCAUCAUCGUUCCAGUAUGAUUGUAAGACUCAUCUACAUCUCUAUCAGUAAUAUCAUUAUGAGGUCAUAGUUUUCAUUUUUGUACGUACUACACAUAUCGUAAAUCUAUAUCUAAAUAGGCUAUGGUUUCCAGAAUUGUUUCUAUUCCAUAUUUCGUCAGUCGGAGUGAGAAGCGCGUUCACACCCUGCUGCGUACCUAAAAAAUACAUCCGACCAUCAGCAGCAGCAGCAGGAGCAGAAUCGUGAUUCUGUGAGUCUCAUGUGGGCUUGUGACGCGGCGACCCGUCGUGCUGCCAGUGAUUAGAAAAGAGUCUUUUUCAACAUCUUUGGAAACAUCCAUAGGCUAGAUUUGUGAUCGUUAUGUUUCAAUUUCUGGACAUCUACUUUUCAAAAAGAAACGCUCCUAGCAAUUUUUUUCAUUUUCUUUACACCGACCCGGUUGACUCAUUUGCCUUCUCCUUCAAAGCUUUUUCGCACGCAUUUUUUUACCCGCCCAUACAGAUAUUCAUAUUUUGCUUUUGUUGAUUUCGGUAUUUUGUUUUUGUUCCUGUUGGUCCCCGUGUUGCUCGCAUGAUUUGUUGACAUCGACGAUCAUAAACAAUGCCUACAUGCAGCUUUUCGUGCACCAGAAAACUUUGCUUUUCAGCGUUCAUCGGGGAGCUACGCUCACGAUGUCACUGUCUGCGCAGUCGCACACCAACAGUAUCUCCCUCCAUUUCACGUAUAAUUUCAUCGCGCCAAAAGGAAAACAAAU